UUGGGUCAGAGGAGUUAAAGCAAACCACGGUUACUUUGUUUCUCACUUUGGCUCUGUUCAUGACAUGUUUGCUGUGUAGAGCUCUCGCAGUGUAAGCGGCUGAGAGGAAUACUGAUCAGUUUUCUGGGGCUGGAAAGGGGCUCUUGGGGGCGGGAGUUUGAUGAUGGAGAGCAUGCCGAGGGAAUUUCUUAAAGGAAGCAGCCUGGACGUACCCGGACAAGAAAAAGGUCUCAUGAAGAAGACUCAGUUGCUCGACCGCGGCCAGUGGGCGAGCAAGUUGGAGUUUUUACUGGCUGUAGCAGGAACAUUGGUUGGCCUGGGAAACCUUUGGAGGUUUCCCUACUUGUGCUACAAAAAUGGGGGAGGUGCAUUUCUUAUUCCCUACGUCCUGUUUCUGCUUGCUUGUGGCAUCCCAAUGUUCCUCCUGGAAACAGCUAUGGGACAGUUCACAUCUCAGGGAUGUAUUACCUGCUGGAGGCACUUCUGCCCCUUGUUUGAAGGUCAGU